AUGACCACACAGACGGCCCCAUGCCCAUCACUCACCCCCACUGCAGGCCUAAAAUGCCGUGUCUGCGGUGAUUCGCGCGCCGGCCGGCACUACGGCACGAUCGCCUGCAACGGCUGCAAGGGAUUUUUCCGUAGAUCAAUCUGGGAGCAGCGCGACUACACGUGCCGUUUCGGCGGCAAAUGCCAAGUGGUUCAAGAAUACCGAAAUCGAUGUCGCGCCUGCCGGUUGAUGAAAUGUUUCGAGGUCGGCAUGGAUGCGAGAGCCGUACAAUCCGAGCGCGACAAGCACAAGAAGAAGCCGCCGGCCAGAGAGAAUUCAAUCAGCGACGAUGAUACCAAAGACGUGCCCGGCCCCAGCACUUCCACCGCCUCGGUACCGUUGCGAGUACAGGUGCCACACACGAUGCCUCAAUCCGCCCCCAUUCAUAUGAUGUCGCCGAUACCGACUACAACAUCUUGCGUACCACUUCCGUCAAAUCACUACCCGCCCGCCCAACAAGCGCCCUACACCAGCAGUCUUGCGGACAUUCUCUACAAUAUGAAGCCCGACCCGGACGCGCAUCCGGCCCACGGUGUCGUGAACCGGGCAUUCGCCGAGACGCUGUCCGGCCCGCCGCCGAUGAAGCGCAUCAAGGAGGACGACGGGUCACCACCAUCGACGAUUGACGGGACCAAUGGGUACCCACCGCCAUCGCCCUACCUCUACCCACCUGGUUCUCAAUUGGCCCCGCCACGAAGCGUGUCGGUUUAUAAUCGAAUGCCAACUACGAAUGCUCGCCAAAUGCAACCACCCCAAAAUCAUUUCUACCGCGAGCGCGUCCCGCUCGUCGAGUAUUUGAUGGAUCUGGAAACUCGGUGCGACAAUAUGGUAGAGGCUGACGAGUCUGAGGUGACCAACGACUUCGAGCGGUUGUGCCGAGUUGACGUCACCAUCGAGAUGGCGUUCAAGAACCCGGGGCUGGUGGCGAGGAGGACCAGGCCGAACUGGCUAGCCCUUGAACGACUGACCACCCUCGAAGAUGUCCACAUUGCUUGGUGCCGCUCAUUCGUACUCUGCGUCGACUGGGCCGAUCUCUUCAAGGAGUACAAGGAACUCCCUCAAACGGACCAGUACACCCUGCUGCGACAUCGAAUCGUGUCCGUCAACUGGCUGUGCCACACGUACAAGACGUUCAAGAGCGGCUGUGACGGGGUGGCGCUCGUUAAUGGGAGCUGGUACCCGAGGGACAAGGAGCUGCAAAAGACGCUACCGCCUGGCUGCAAUCACUACUUCGGUAUCCUCUCCGAGCACCUGAUGCAAGAUCUCGUUUUUCCGAUGCGCGAGCUCAACAUGGACGAGGGCGAAUUCGUGCUCCUCAAGGCGCUGAUACUCUUCCGCGUCGAUCGCCGCCUAUCCGAGGGCGCGAAGCGGCAGGUGGCCGUUAUCCGGGAUCGUCUGACCGACGCGCUUUAUCACCAUAUUCAGCAGGAACACCCCUCCUUCUCCGCCAUCCAGGUCGCCCAGCGUAUCUCGCGGCUAUUGUUGCUGCUCCCAGCCAUUGAGCACCUCUCGCAACAAGAAGACGACAACGUCCAAUUCCUCGCCCUGUUCAACAUUGCCAACCUGAACGGGCUGCCCUACGAGCUUCACUCAUCCAUUAAGCAGAUGGUCUCAAAAAAUGACGACAGCACGCAGGUGAACGAGGUCUCGUCGAAUGACACGAAAGAGUACGCCGGCUACCACUACCAGGCGGCCGCCGUCGAA